GAGGGGCGGUACUGAGCACAGGGGGGGUCUGGCCUGCUGGCUCCUGCGCUGCUCUGCUGCUGCUGCGCGAAGCGGAGCGGAGCGGACUCGCGUGUAUUGUGUGCGGAGCCGAGGUCGCGUGCGGUCGCGUGUCCGAGACUGAGACUUCCCCGUGCCAGUUCGCGAGCGCAGAGCGCGCAGAGCCCCAAAUCGCGAGCGCGCGUCCCAGAGAGGCUGUCGGCAUGGCCGCGAGUACGAACGGCACCCUGGACUCUGGGAGUGCCAGUGCCCCGGACAUGACAGCCGACGGCAUGGUGCGUGGCCCCGAGCCCAGAAACAACUCGGCCGAGGGCAAGCCCGGCGAGUACCUCCGGGAGCUCAUGGACGAGAAACACAAGCUGGACGGCGGGCAGUGGCCCAACGCGGCGCGACUCCUCGAUCAAGAGGUCGCGAAGGCGCAGUCACAAGGAAAGACAGUUAAAGAAACAAAAUACGUAGACAUCUAUAGGGAAAAACCAAUCAAAGUGAGCGUCAAAGUUCUAGUCCCCAGCAAAGAGCACCCCAAGUUCAACUUUGUUGGCAAACUUCUGGGACCGAAGGGCAACUCACUGAAGAGACUCCAGGAGGAGACGAUGACGAAGAUGGCUGUGCUGGGCAGAGGCUCCAUGAAGGACAGGACCAAGGAGGAGGAAUGUAGGAAUUCGCUGGACCCCAAAUACUCCCACCUGAGCGACGACCUCCACGUAGAGAUCUCGGCCAUGGCGCCGCCGGCCGAGGCCCACGCUAGGAUAGCCUUCGCCCUGGCCGAGAUCAGGAAGUACAUGGUCCCGGACAGCAACGACGAAAUUCGGCAGGAACAAUUCCGGGAGAUGGAGAUGUACUCGCCCGAGGGCAACGGGGUGCGCGGCGGCGCGCGGGGGGGCCCUCGGGGCCGAGGGGGCAUGAUGCGGGGGGUGCCACCCGCCCGGGGGGGCUUCAUGAGGGGAGGUGCCGUGUCCCGCGGCGGGGCCCUCCUGUCCCCGCCCGGCCCCCACCCCCGCCCCCCACAGCCCGCCCCCCUGAGGCCGCCCCCGCCGCAGGCACUGCUUCCCCGGCCGCUGCCCGGCAAGACGAAGGUGCUCAGCAUCCUGGACCGCGCCCGCGUCGCCAUGGAGGAGUCGUAUAGCUCAGCCUACGACGACGACCCCUCGGGGUUCUACGAAGGAGCGGGGUAUGGCGGAUAUGAUGACUACGACGACGGAGCUGCCAACUUCUACAGUGCUGGUGCGGGCUUCACAGCUCGCAGAAGAUACCACUAGCCGUUGGAAGGGGUACAAGGCUCCUGGUGGCCCAGUGUCGCGCUACACGCCCAGACCAGCGCCAUACAGCAGGCCGCCCAAGUAGUGAGUGAGUUUGUCAUGUGAUGCGAUUCCGACAUACACACAAAAAAGUUAUCAAGUUUUUAAUCAAGAUAAAAAAAGAAAGUUAAAGGUGUCACUUUCUCGUUUUUAUUUACCAUUGUCAAUUUUGUUUCCUAAAGGUUUGUGACUAUUUUCGUAUUGAAAAUUUCAAAGUUUAUGGAUGGAAGUGUCUGAUGUUCUUUAAUAGGGUAAAAUAUUAAUGUGCAAAAUGAAUGCACGAGGAAUGUGUUAUGUUGGUUGUAUAUUCUUCUGUUUGGACGCAGUCGGACAUGUAGCUUUUAAAGUGACUGUCUAAAUGUGUUAUUUGUUGAUUAAUUCCGUCACACUCUUCAUAUCCAAUUUUGUAAAAUAAAUGAAAAAUAACGGCCUGGCCUACUUAAUAAGGGGAAUGCUAUACGAGGUGCUGGACCAAUUUGCACUCCGAUGAGGCGCUUCUAAGUUUCUAUGCAAACACCGCUUUAUCUCUUCGCGUGGUUUAAGCUGUAAAAAAAAUAACAAGCCCAAUACAUUCCACUGUUAAAGAAAAAGCAUCAGCAUGCACUAUUUUGCCGAAUCUGUCGUUCACCCCUCCUAAAGUCUACUUAGUUUAUCAAAGAAUUUCUCAUCAAUCGGAAUUCAUUCGGCUUGCACAAAUGUAGCCUUGUAUUCCUGUCGGCUUUCAUUAGCUCAACUGUACAGUACUUGAUGCAAGAUAAGUUGAUUGCAAGCUGUCUUGUUAUCCCUCAUCAUAUAGUUCAAUAAUAUUUUUGUUGAAUGUAAUUAAGAGAAUGAUUCUAUAAGAAAUUAGACCUAUAAUAUGAUUCGUCGUUUGUAUAUAUACAUUUAUUCUCUUGUACAGAAGGUUAAAGAAAUAAAAUUCUUCAAUUAGAGUUUUGUUACUGAUACUGUUUUUGUGUUAAAUCUCCCCGAAAAAAAAAA